UAAAACCCAGAAAUUCUGUCGGUCAAAAUUAAAAAAAAAAUUCAACAGCAGCAUGAUUAGUCCUUAAAUUCACAAAACCCAGAUGUUUAAUUUCUACCACAAUUACAAAGCAAACUUCACUGAGGCAUUUCAUCGAACACCUUUGCGGCAUUUAAUCAUUACUAGCAAUUUUGAUCCUCCAUUACAGAUAUGUCAGACUUGGAUGGAAUUGAUUUGGACCCUGAGGACUUCACCUCCUCACUUCCCUUAAAAAAGGUCCCAUACGGCGACGUUUAUGAGGCUUCCAGGGCCGGGGACGUUGACCGGUUGAAGUACUUGUUGGAGUCCGGCGUCAACGUAAAUGCUCGGGACCAAUGGGAUUCGGUGGCCCUUUACUACUCUUGCCUUGCGGGGCAUUUGGAUGCCGCUAGGAUGCUUUUGGAAAGCGGGGCCAUUUGCUCUGAGCACACGUUUGAUGGCGAUCGCUGUCACUAUGCCGCGCUUAAUCUUAAAGUUAGGAAGCUAUUGAAAGCAUUUGAAGCUCGCCCGCCUCCUUUGGGGCCUUUGCAGGCUGCAUUGAGGGAGACCUUCUUGGGGUGUUGGGCUAAUAAGGCUUAUUUGGAGCAACUGGAUGGCCAAGCUCAAUUUCCCAUUCCAGAAUCAAUAGGUUAUUCACCAAAUGGAGGAUCCACUUCAGACCACUUCCCUGCAGAUGCUGUGCUUUAUGUGCAGGGAAGACCUAUUGAAGCUCAUAGAGUCAUCUUGAGUGCCCGUUCACCUUUCUUUAAGAGGAAAUUUGCGACAGAUUGGAAGGAUCGCAAGGAAAUAAGAUUCUCAAGGGAAAACCUAUCUUACCCUGCUCUUUUUAGCCUCAUUCACUUUUUUUAUAGUGAUCGGCUUGAAAUCUCAGUAGAUGACAUGGAGGAUUUGGUGAGAAUUUGCAGAGUUUGCAAGUGCCAAUCACUUCAAAAAGUUCUUGAGAAAGAAUUAAUCCAUCAACAGUAUGCAGAUUACAAGGCCCUUAGGGAGAUAGACAACUCUCAGAAGCGAUUCAUUUUGCAGGGUCUUUCCCUUCCACAGGAUGACCGUCUUCCUGCGGCCUUACAUGAAAUUCUUCAAAUUUCUCUUGCCAAUUCAACAAGAGAAGAAAACCUGGAUAGUCCUGUUGAUAGUCUUGUAUCUCGUGUUGGUUUAAUGCAGAUGGUUGGAUUUGAAGAUGAUCUUGCAGAUGUUUGUGUGCUAGUUGAAAAGAAAAUUUUUAGGUGCCAUCAAGUCAUCUUAGCAUCAAGGUCCGAAUAUUUCAAAGCAAGAUUAUCCCGGGUUAAGGAGUUCCAUGAAGGAAGAGACAGUUUGCCUGAUAGUACCCUUCCAUGUCUUGAAGAACAUGAUUUGAGCAUGGGUGCUUUUGAGAAAAUGAUAGAAUAUAUGUAAGUUUAUGCUUCACUUCGAGUAGGUCAUGUAGUUUGAAGUUUGAAUUAGAAUCAUAGUUCUUUGUGCUGGAGGUCUCCACUUGCCAUAGAGUUCCUGCUCGUAGGUACACUGAUGGCCUGAAGGACAUAGAUCCUGAUCAGGCUGAAGAGUUGUUUGAUGUGGCAUCAAGAUA